AUGUUAUUUUCUGCCAGACAUCCAUUAGUCAGAUUAUUCCGAACUCCUUCUAUCAAUCUAGCGGUGACUUCACGUGCAUUAGCUAUCAAUAAACAGUGUAUUCCCAAAAAUGAUGAUAUGUACCGUUUCAGAUCUCAUAUUUUGCCUCAAAAAAAGGCUAAAAUAGCGCGAUAUGGUGGACGCCAUAUGGUUACCUUACUUGCUGGUGAUGGUAUUGGUCCAGAAAUGACUAAUCAUGUCAGAAGAAUUUUUAUGCAUGCUGAUGUACCUGUGGAUUUCGAAAAAGUACGACUGGACUCUAAUAUUCAACCUUUGGAUGCUGAUAUGGAAUAUGCUUUGUUGUCGAUCCAGCGUAAUGGAGUAGCUCUAAAAGGUAACAUAGAAACUAAAUUCGUUGAUCCGCAUUAUACAUCAAGAAAUGUCCAACUACGGCGCUGUCUGGAUCUUUAUGCAAAUGUUUUGCACUGUGUGAGCGUGCCAUCAAUUCCAUCACGUCACACCGGUUUGGAUAUACUUGUAAUAAGAGAAAAUAUGGAAGGUGAAUAUUCUGGACUAGAACAUGAAGCAGAGAAAGGAGUUGUUGAAAGCUUGAAGAUAGUCACACGCAAAAAUAUAGAACGCAUUGCUCGAUUCGCUUUUGACUAUGCUAUAAAAUACAAUCGAAAGAAAGUAACUGCAAUUCAUAAGGCUAAUAUACAAAAACUUGCAGAUGGCUUGUUUUUGAGGAUUUGUCAGAAAAUAGCUGAAACCGAAUAUCCUCAACUCCGUUUUGAAACUAUGAUUAUCGAUAACGCAUCAAUGCAGCUUGUCUCCAGACCUCAGCAGUUUGAUGUUAUCAUUUCACCAAAUCUUUAUGGUAAUGUAAUUUCGAACAUAGCUUGCGGUCUUAUUGGUGGAGCUGGUGUAGUUUCAGGCGUGAAUAUUGGUCCUGAAUAUGCUGUUUUUGAGACAGGGACAAGAGGAAGAGGCACGGAAUUAGCAGGAAAAAAUAUUGGAAAUCCAACUUCUUUUAUUCGAGCCAGUGUUGACAUGUUGAAAUAUCUAGGACUCGACAGUUAUGCUAAUUUUAUCAGUGACUCCUUGUUUACUGUAUUAACAAAACGCAAUAUUCACACAGCUGAUAUUGGAGGCAAGCAAAUCAUUUAA